AUGGAAGCGAAAGAGAUAAAAUCGAUUGUGUCGAACUUGGAGAAGUCUUCGGACGAUGUAAUGAUAUUGAAAUUGUUGAAUAUCCUUAGUGAUGGAGUCAAACCAACCGAAAAGUUAUUGAGAGAAACCAAAGUCGGUGUCGCUGUGAACAAGUACAGGUCCAGUACGAAUUCAGAAAUCAGUUCCAUUGUCAAGAAGAUGAUUAGAAAUUGGAGAGAUAUGGUCCAAGCAGAGAAGAACAAGAAGAAAGGACCCACUUCUGAUGUAAAAGCUGCCACUUCAGGCUCAUCAACUCCAAGUAAGGAGAACAAGUUUCACAGUGGACCUAGAAACCCCAAGAUAGAUGGUAUUAGUACUGAUAUUUAUGACGAUUCCACCAGAAAUGCUUCUAUCAGUGCAUUGUAUACGGCAUUGGCCAUUGAACGGGGUGAUUCUAGUCAGCAGAUAUUGUCUGUGGCAAAGAGUAUCGAAGCGGAGGUGUUCAAGGAUGAAUACCUGAAAGUUGCAGAUGGUUACAGAAACAAAUUAAGAACGUUUGUAAUGAAUCUCAGGAAUAAGAAGAACCCCGAAUUAAGGGACAGGAUUCUUUCUGGACAGAUAACUCCUGGAAAAUUUGUGAAGAUGAGUCCUAAUGAAAUGGCACCUGAAACCUUGAAGAAAGAAAUCGAAAAAUUACAUAAACAGAAUCUUUUUGAUGCCCAAGGAGCAACCGAAAAGAGAGCAGUCACUGACAGGUUCACUUGCGGCAAAUGUAAACACAAGAAGGUUAGUUAUUAUCAGAUGCAAACCAGAUCUGCUGAUGAGCCGUUGACAACAUUCUGUACCUGUGAGAAUUGUGGUAACAGAUGGAAGUUCUCUUAG